CUACAUGGAUGUUAGUAUUGAUAUGGGUAGGAAAUUUUUCUGUACUUUUGUUCAUGCACCCUCUACAGCUGUUAGUAGAAGGGAAUUUUGGGAGCAAUUGAGCUCUCUGCGGAGUAGUAGGGAUGAUAACUGGGUGGUUGUAGGGGAUUUUAAUGCUGCAAUCUAUGAAAAUGAGAAGGAAGGGAGAUGCCCUCUUAGAUACGAGAAUGUGGAACCUUUUAAGAGGUUCAUAUUCCAGAAUGCUCUUAUUGACCUGGGUUACAAAGGGGAGCCCUUCACUUGGACCAACAAGAGAACGGGCCAAAACUUGACGAGAGUGAGACUGGAUCGUGUGCUAUGCUCGACGUCAUGGCGUGCCCAAUUUGGCGAAGCAGUGGUCUUCCAUGAGAAAAUGGUGGAGUCUGAUCACUGCCCGAUCAUACUGGAACUCCAUUAUCGGGGAAACAGGAGGAAGAAGACACCCUUUAGGAUUGAUGAAAGAUGGCUUGAGAAAGAAGAAUGCAAGGAGAUUAUUGCCCGCACAUGGGACCCUGGAGGCCAAUCAACGGAACAACUGAACAAAUGUGAAAGAGAUCUCAAGGAAUGGGCAAAAGACUUCCACAAGAACAGUAUACAGAGGGAGCAAGAAAUUCUUUCUAGACUCGAAAUCCUUCAACAGCCGCCAAGAACAGUGGAGAAUGUGGAAGAGGAGAGAAUGCUUACUAUGGAACUGACGAACAUUUGGAGGGAUGAAGAAGCAUUCUGGAGCCAAUGCUCGAGAGUUAACUGGCUCCAAAAAGGUGAUCAGAACACUUCCUUCUUUCAUUCUAGCACUAUAUAUAGAAAGCAUAGAAACAAAAUCCUGAAACUCAAAGACGGAGAAGGAAAUUGGAUUGAAGAUGAGAAUAGUCUCAAAAGACUAGCUGAAGAGUUUUACAUGGAUCUGUUUAAGGCUAGGAGUCCGAUCCCUUUUAACCAUCUGUUGGAAGGCUUCCCUGAAAAAGUAACUAGGGAGAUGAAUGAGGAUCUCUGUACUGAGGUGACUGAUGGAGAAAUUAGGAAAGCGGUUUUCUCACUGGGAGCUCGAAAAGCUCCUGGACCUGAUGGUUUCUCGGGAAGAUUUUAUAGGAGAUACUGGGAAAUCCUAGGAGAAACAGUGUGCCGAGAAGUUAGGGGAUUUUUCGAGAUGACUAAUAUGCCAGCUGGAUGGAAUGAAACUCAUAUCGCAAUGAUCCCCAAGGUUGAUAACCCUGAACUGAUAAGCCAAUUCCGUCCUAUUAGCUGCUGUAAUUUUAGAUAUAAAAUCAUAUCUAAGAUUAUGGCAACGCGCCUUAAGAAAUGGACUCCUGAAUUGGUAUCUGAGCUCCAAACAGCUUUCACCGGGGGUAGACUUAUUCAAGAUAAUAUCAUCAUAGUCCACGAGGCCCUGCAUCAUUUCAAAAACCAUAAAUUGGGUAGGAGGAGAGAUAUGAUGUUGAAAUUGGAUAUGAAGAAGGCUUAUGAUAUGGUGGAUUGGGACUGUCUGGAGGCUCUUCUCAAGAAGUAUGGGUUUGACAGUAAGUGGUGUGGGUGGGUCAGUUCAUGCAUUAGAACAGUUAGCUUCUCUAUUCUGUUCAAUGGGGAAGCAACGGACUCUUUCAAGCCUUCCCGAGGAAUUCGGCAGGGAGACCCACUCUCACCAUUCUUAUUCAUCCUCAUGUCAAAUGCCCUCACCUUCUUGAUUGAUAAGGCUGUGGCGAACGAUAGUCUAAAGGGGAUUAAGCUGAAUGCUCGAUGCCCAGUGCUCACCCACUGCCUGUUUGCUGACGAUACAGUCAUUUUCGGCAAGGCAGAUUACCAGGAAGCGCAGAAAAUUAUCGAUCUCAUUGGGGAGUAUGGAGCUAUUACUGGUCAAGAGGUUAAUAUUAACAAAUCGUCAGUGUUCUUCAGUGCCAAUGUCCCCAGCGAUGUGAAAGACCAGAUCAUUGUGAGCAUUGGCUUCGCUUCCUCGAACUGCCAUUCUAAGUAUCUGGGGGUCCCGACGGAAUGGGGAAACUCAAAGAAAGAAACUUUUAACUUCCUCAUUCAGAGAAUGGAAAAGAUGGGGGAGGCUUGGAAAAGUCUCCUACUCUCUCAUGGGGGAAAAGAGAUCCUACUGAAAGCAGUCAUUCAAGCUAUUCCAUCGUAUAUCAUGUGUCUGUUCUAUCUCCCAAAGGGUCUCACAAAGAGAAUGGACUCUCUUCUAAGUAACUUCUUUUGGUCAGGGUCGAUGCAGAAGAAUAGUCUCCAUUGGUGUAGGAAGGAAAUUCUCUGUCUGCCCAAGCAUGAGGGAGGUUUGGGCUUUAGGAGUUUCAAUGAUUUUAACCUUGCCCUACUUGCUAAGCAGGCCUGGCGCCUCCUCACGACCCUUGAGGCACUGUGGAGUCGUCUCCUGAAAGGCUUGUACUUCCCUAGAGGUGAUUUUCUUAAUGCAAAAAAGGGGAGCAAAGCUUCAUGGAUAUGGGCUAGUCUUUGGGAGGCAAAAAAGGUGAUUGGUUUGGGAGCAGUCCGAGUGAUUGGAUCAGGUAAUGACACGUGGGUCGAUAGGGACCCUUGGAUCCCCACUUUGGACAAUUAUGCGCUCAGGACGGGCCCGCAGAAUCAUCAAAAGGUCAACGAGUGGAUUGAUCCUGGAGAAAGAAAGUGGCAAUCAGAUGUAAUCCAGGGGCAUGUGUCCAACUCAGAGCUCGAAGCUAUCCUCAGGAUUCCAAUCGGGGAGGAUGGAGCUGAGGACUAUUGGGCAUGGAACUAAAAUGAAGAGGGAAAGUUUACUGUUAAAUCUGCGUACCAUAAGAUCCACAGAGCCAACACCAAUAUGCAACCAAGCGGGAACACGGAAAAAUGGAAGUGGAUUUGGAGCCUUCACAUCCCCCCGAAGUUGAAAUUCUUUGUUUGGAGAUGCUCCAAGAAUGGGUUAGCAACGAAAGAGAGACUGCACCAGAGGAAGUGUGCUCCCAAUUCUUCUUGUCAGGUGUGCCUGAACCCAGUCGAAUCCAUCAACCACUGCUUGUUCCAAUGCCCCCAUGCCAAGGAGGCAUGGAAUGCCCUGUUUCCGUCUCUCCCUUUACCCCCUCAAGGAACCGUGUUCUUUGACUGGUUCUGCUCCCUUAAAGAUGUUGUUCAGCACAGCUCCUUGAUCCAUAUUGUUUUCCUUUGUUGGAACAUCUGGAAGGCGAGAAACGAAUGCGCCUUCAAGAGUAGAAUUCCGUGGCCUCCGAAGGUGUGCCAACUUACGUAUAAAGAGCUUACUGAAUG